AUGUGCAGCAACAACCAUGGUCGAGGCUUAUGGAGGGCCAACCCUCGGUUAGCUACCAACUCCUUCUUUGUGAAUCAGCUGUAUAGACACCUGGACAACUUUCACCUACAGUUGGCUUCAAGUAAUUCUCCUACCUCGCCACAACUAAUCUGGGACGAUAUCAAAUCCUUGACGCGAACCUUGGCCCAAAAAAAGCGAAACCGGAUUCUUCGUACCUACAAAUCCAUGGCUAUCCUGAACGACCGUCUUUCUGGCAUCGAAGACGCCAUCAGUACCUUGCAGCAAGAAGUCGCUGAACAUCAAGCUCUCCUUGCUGGAUUACGCUGCUCACUCAGCGGACACUGCCAACUCUUGUGGAUCCCUCUACCGGUGCUGCGAAUCGGUAACUGUACUCUUACAAGGCUCAGAAAACUCUAUUGCCCUGACCUCGCUAUACUUGUUGGCGGAAGACCGAAAAAACUUGGUGCUAAAACUAUGUCCCUAGUGUCAAGAGGACUUCGAUCAGGUACUUGUGAUAGUCCCGGAGCAGCGCAAGAAAGUUUAAAAUUGAUGGGUCAAAAUAUGUCAAUUAGUGGCAUCCGCAAGUCAUUGAGACGAAAUGGAUUUAAAUCUCGUAGAAAAGUAAAGACCAAUUUUGUUAGCAAGACAAACAAGCGGCUUCGAUUGGGAAAUGACGGUGGGGUCAUGUUCUGGAGUUGCAUAACAGCGGAGGGCCCUGGUUAUGGUACUACCAUUAUUGACGGCUCAAUAAACUCGGACUUGUAUGUCGAUAUUUUGAAGACAUCAUUGGUCGACACUCUUGAGCACUUUAGAAAGACACCAUCUGAUGUGCGAUUUCAACAAGACAAAGCAACACCGCAUACCUCGGGCAUUACUAAGCAAUGA